CAGCCCCGUCCGUUUCCCCGGACAGCCACCAGGAGGGCCCGGGCCGCACGGAGGAGCCUGCUGGAUGUGCCCUACGGAGCCGGCGAAGGGGAGACACUGGACGUCUACUUUCCCGAGGCGGCGUCCGAAGCCCUGCCACUCUUCGUGUUCCUUCAUGGAGGAUACUGGCAGAGCGGAAGUAAAGACGAGUCGGCCUACAUGGCAGACCCGCUGACCCUGCGGGGAGCGGCGGUGGUGGUAGUGGGUUACACCUUGGCCCCCAAAGGGACCCUGGACCAGAUGGCGGACCAGGUGGCCCGCAGCCUUGCCUUCCUGCAGAAGCGGUUUCCGUGCAACGAGGGGAUGUACCUGUGCGGACACUCGGCCGGGGCCCAGCUGGCCGCCAUGAUGCUCCUGGUGAACUGGACCGAGCGGGGAGUCACGCCCAACCUCAAAGGUUUCCGUGGGGCCUGCAGCCUCCCCUCCCCUCCCCUCCCCUCCCCCACAGGGCCUGAGCUGGGGCCUGCACUGGCUGUGACCCGGGGGCUUUGGGAGGCUGCUCUGAGGAACAGCCCACAGUGGCACCUGGAGGAGGCCUCCGCGAAGCCCAGGGGUCCAGCCUGCCCCGUGCUGGUGAUCGUGGGCCAACAUGACAGCCCCGAGUUCCACAGGCAGUCCAGGGAGUUUUACCAGACCCUGUGCGGAGCGGGGUGGCGAGCCUCCUACGAAGACCUCCAGGACGUGGAUCACUUUGAGAUGGUCUGGAAGCUGACCCAGCAGGACUCCGCGCUCACCCAGAUUAUUUUGAAAACAAUCUUCCAAGAGUCCUGAUGGGCCCGGAGCGCCAGCCGGCGUGCACCCGACCUGCGAGUCUUCUGCAAAGGGCCGGACCACUCCCCCCAACCGGCCUCCGCUUCCCGGGAGCCCUGUCGCCUCCAUAUGUCCACCUGCCCUGGCAAGAGCCCAGUCUUCCCCCUGCUCUGAGCAGGAUCCCCGUCUCCAUGGCUGCGCCCUGGUCGGAAUCAAGCCGCUGCAGGGAUAGGCCAGCCCAGGGCAGCGCUGCGUGAUGCCAAGUCUGAGCCCACUGCCUGCUGAGAAAGGAGACAGAAAUGACAGCUCCGACCCUGCAUGCCUGGACACACACCUUUCAAAACAAAUCA